AUGGAGCACGACGGAGGCAAGAAGCCUCUGGGAGGCCUGUCGCCCCGUGGGCUGCUGAAGCGCGGGUGGAAUGGAGUUACGAGUCCAUUAAACGCGCUGAAGGACUCGGUAGUUGGGGCGGCAGCACUUCGCUCCGUUGCUGCGACACCUACGAACCGCAUGGCGUUGCCCAGUCCUACUGAGUAUCCAAGUCUUUUUGACGUGCGGGGCCCAAGUUCUACACGCUCGGCUGAUGGGGCGACUGUAUUCAGCCACAAACAUGAGGUUGAGGCGCGUAUGCCACAAUCUGCGCGUGAGAGCAGCAGCGCCAGGACCGGAUCUUGGGGCAGUUCCGGGCGAACAGGUUCAAGCAGUGUGGGAUGGCCAGAAGAGGGAGUGGGUGAUGCACAGGGGGAAGAGGAACGUGCAUAUCUCUCAGUGUGUCAUCAUAAUUUGCACUCAGUGUUGACCAACCCCAAGGCCAAUAAUUGGGGUGGUGCGCUGCUCGACGCUUUCUAUCCUUCACUAGAUGUCGAUAUUGCGCUAGCACCGUUUCCUGGACUUGCGGACGUGUCAACUCGUGACUUUCAGUCCUACCUGCGCCAGUUUGGUACAAACGCAGCCAAGUAUGAAGAGAAUCACGUGAAACCGGUCAGUGAACAGCUCUCGUCGAGCAACGUACCGUCCAUCUCCGUCGCUGAUGAGGAUGUGACUAAGUGUCUGGAUGUCGUGCCCAACUUAUUUUUUCGACCAGACUUCGACCUGACAGAUCCGAAUACGUUUGAUGAGGUGAUGAAUAUGCCAAACGCUGCAUCUCUCCAAGAAGAGCUGACGACAUACCUGGAUCGCGUCGAGUUUACACUUCUUCGCCAAGUAUCAUCUCGAUCAGACCGAUUUUUUGAGGCGUCAGCAGACCAGGAGGUUAUGAAGCAAUCAAUUAAAGCUGCGUGCGACCAAGUGGCGACACUAAGGAAAACAAUGGACCGAUUACGAAACCUCCUCGCUGACAAAACGCUUGAUAUAGUGAGUUUGCACCGACGACAGAAGCGUAUCAAGGAGCUUCAUGAUUUAGUGACGAUGGUGGAGGAGGUCAAAAGUGCUGAGUCCGCUGUUGAGGCUUUGGUACAGUGUCAAGAUUACACGAACGCCUUAAACUUGAUCGAAAGCUCUCAAACAAUGCUGCGGGAGCAUUUGCAAGGCAUUCAUGGACUUAGCUCGCUGAGUGAGAAGUUUCGUGGCUAUCGUGGCUUUAUUAGUACGCAAAUAUCGCAGCGUUUUAUCUCAGUUAUUACAUCUCCCGAGUGGACAUUUCAAGACGAAGAGGAAUCAGCUUACUCUGACAAAAAGAGACACAGCAGCCUCGGUGAUGAAAAAGACACGGUGCAACAGGAAUCGAAGCGUCUUGUGGAUGUCCUAUUCCGUUUGGAUGCUCUAGACGAUACUGUGAAGACGUAUCUUGACCAGCUCAAUGAAGAGAUUCGCGUUGUCGUGAAAACGGUAGUGACUGAAACGAUUGCAGUGUCAAGCAGCAGCAAGAAUAGCGGUGGUUCUGAUUUAGGAAUGUCAUCCGGGAGUGAAUCGAAAGUUUCGGUUCAGCUGCGAGCACUGACAUCGGAUGAAUUUCUUCAGUGUGUGCAGAUGAUCUUUGAGCAUUUACUCAUGAUCUUGAAGCGAGCUGUAGUGGUGCAGGACAUCCUAGUAAAGUCUAUGCAGAAGAAAAUUGAUGAAGCUUCGGAAGAGGAGAAACGCCUGAAGACUCUUGCUAUCAAUGAAGCCAACAGUAAUGGUACGGAUAAUUUAAAGACAGUAGCAGGCGAGGGAUGGUCACCAUCUGAAAAUGCUAGUGACGAGCAGAAGAAUUUGGGUGAUUGGAAGAAGAAAACGCGGUGUGCUAAAGUGAUUCGAGAAAUCGACGAAGUUGUGCGCAAGACAUGCGAAUUCUCGCAGCGCAGCGUAUCGAACCUGUUUGCAGUUAGAAAAGAAGUCCAGGCCACCUACACUAUGCCUCAGCUGCGCAAGCUAUACGACACAACUAUGGAUUUUGUUGUUAGUAUUGAAAAGCUGACAGGCAAGACGGAUUAUACUCUACGCGGUGCUCUUUUCUCUCAGCUGAAGCUGUUCCUUGAGAAGUACCAUCAAACUCAAGUGACAAAACUCGUGUCAACCUUGGAUCACGAGCUGUGGAAGAACACGGAAAUCUCCGAAACAAGGCAUAAAUCUUUGGACGAUCUUUCGAGUGGGCGAGGUGUUGCGCUUCUUCUUUCUGAAGACCGAGAGAUUGCUGGUGAAACCGCACCACCGCGCAAGAUGGUGUCUAUUUGCGGGAAAUCGUUCCGAGUAGUAUGGUCGGUCCUUCUCAUGUUGGAGAUCGUGAUGAACUAUAUGUCGUGCGCCGCCAAUUUCCCUGUAUUAGCAACGGAUGUACUCCAGCGAUCGAUUGAGAUUUUUCGGUUAUUUAACUCACGGACGACUCAGCUGGUACUUGGCGCUGGUGCAAUGCAGAUUGCCCGUCUCAAGAGCAUUUCUGCCCGGCACUUAGCUUUGGCUUCGCAGUCUUUGGAGUUGUCCAUGACUCUCAUUCCCCACAUCAAGGCUGCCCUAGCUGCACAUUUCACUGAUCGCCAAAAACUCCUUUUAGACGAGUUUGACCGCGUCCUGCGAGACUAUGCGGAACACAACGAGAAGAUCUUUAGCAAGUUCACGAGCAUCGUCGAGGAUCAGAUCAUGAAGCGCUUUUUGGAGAAUGUUGCAACGGAGGUUGACUACGAUUCUGCCAGUCUCGCCGUUCCUACAAAUCCGAUGCGUGGGAUAACACAGAGCACUCUCAAGCUUCAUGCAGUGCUACAUCCCGUCCUCUCUCCGCCGCAGAUGAAAGACGUGAUGUCGCGUGUGUUUGACAUGUUUACACAGAAGUUGCCAGAGUGCUUCAAGUUGGUGCAACCACGAACGGCAGCAGGCAAGGAGCGUGUCUUGAACGACAUCGAGGUGUUCGUACAGAGCUUCAAAGGGGUGACCGAGCUAACUUUUGACGGGGGCGCCCUCUUGAGUCACUUCAAAAACGCUUACGUCUCCUAG